GACCAAGCCACGCUAAGCCAAAAAGGUUAAGAAGGAGCGAACUCGUGCAGCGAACAGAGGUGCAUCCUGAGCAUCGUGUCGGUUGGUGCACCGAUGCUGUCAGCAACAAUGCAUGCAAUGGCUUUACAAUGGCGUAUAAAAGACCUACGAGAUGCCUUCAUGCGGACAGGACAGGAUCACACUGCGCAGCAUCUCUUAUCAUUAGCUCUACAAUUGAAUUCAACACCUGAACGCAUAUUUCAUUGUUGAGCAAGCAAACGAACGUUCGCAACAUGUCCAAGCUCAUCACUGUCUUUGGUGCUACUGGCAACCAAGGUGGUUCAGUCAUUAAACACAUCCUUGCCGACUCGAGCCUCUCCAAGACUUUCAAAAUUCGGGGCAUCACUCGCGAUGUUUCCAAGCCUGCAGCCCGAGCUUUGGCUGACCAAGGAGUGGAGAUGAAGGCUGCUGAUUUGGGCGAUAAAGCCUCCGUAACCGAGGCUCUCCAGGGAUCUGACACUGUCUUCCUCGUCACCAACUUUUGGGAAAGUGCAAAGUACGAAGUUGAAUACGGUCAGGGCAAGAACGUUGCGGAUGCUGCCAAGGAAGUUGGUGUCCAGCAUCUGGUCUUCUCCACCCUGUUGCACGUCAGCAAGCUUACAGACGGUCGACUUUCCCACGUUCUUCACUUCGAGGGGAAGGCAGACAUUGAAGAAUACAUCAAGAAGAUCGGUGUUCCUGCUUCUUUCUAUCUGCCAGGUUACUUCAUGAGUAAUUUCAACCAGAGUGUGCGAAAGGGCGAAGACGGCUCCUUGUCGUUUACAUUGCCAAUCGGCAAGGACGCGAAGUUUCCGCUCGUUGAUAUCGCCGACGAUACUGGCAAAUUUGUCAAGGCCAUUCUCAAGAACCGUGACGCAACACUCGGCAAGCACAUUCUCGGUGCCGAGAACUACUAUACGCCUGAGCAGAUCCGAUCCGGAUUGGAGGCAGCGACUGGCAAGAAGACGCACUAUACCCAGACGACAGCUGAGCAAUUCAAGGGCUUCUUGCCGCCCUCUAUUGCGGAAGAGAUGCUCGAAACAUAUUACUUCAUCGAGAGUCCCGGUUACUACAACAACGCGGAUCUUAAGGAGAGCCACGAUAUCUUGGAGGAUAAGCUGGUGACUUGGGAGGAAUUUGUCAAGAAGAGUGGGAAGUUUUAAACGUGGAAUGGUACAGGAAAGUGACAGCCACUGCUCCAUAGUGCAAUACACUUCAAUUCGAUCGAACAAUUUGAUUUGUAGAUAUAGUUUUGAACAUGCACAUACUGCCAUAGUUUUCAAAAAGCAGAUAAUUGCGAGUGUGAUACGUGCCGGUAGUUCUGUGGCCUAUUCUCUGGUUCAAAUAUAAAUGUAGCUCUAUCAUGGUCGUUUCUGCUGCACAAAACG